AUGCCCGAGCUGCUGGUGUCGGCGAUCCUGGCGCCGUCGCGCAUCUCCCUGAAGUUGGUGCGCGCGCUCAUGUGGAGUCUGGUGUACUCGGCGGCGCUGCUCGCCGCGGCCGUGUACAGCUGCAUCGCGUUCACCCACGUGCUGUGCCGGCCGCGACGCGGCUGCUGCGGGCGCCCCCGGGACGUCGUCCCCGCCUGCCUGAGCGACCCCUCCCUGGGGGAGCAUGACUUCUUGACCCUCAAGAGCUCCGGCCUGCGCCUGCACUAUGUCUCCGCCGGCCGCGGCAACGGGCCCCUCAUGCUAUUGCUGCACGGCUUCCCCGAAAACUGGUUCUCCUGGCGCUACCAGCUCCGGGAGUUCCAGAGCCGCUUCCACGUUGUGGCUGUGGACUUGCGUGGCUACUGGCCCUCAGAUGCCCCAAAGGAAGUGGACUGCUACACCAUUGACCUGAUAAUGACAGACAUCCAGGAUGUCAUCCAGGGCCUGGGUUACUCCAAGUGCAUCCUCGUGGGCCAUGACUGGGGUUCAGUGCUAGCCUGGAAUUUCUCCAUCUACUACCCCGCCCUGGUAGAGCGCCUGGUGAUAAGCAGUGGUGCCCCCAUGUCUGUGUACCAAGACUACUCCCUGCAUCACAUCACCCAGCUCUUCCGGUCCAACUAUGUAUUCCUGUUCCAGCUACCCUGGCUACCUGAGAAAUUGCUCUCCAUGUCUGACUUCCAGAUCUUGAAGACCAAUUUCACCCACCGCAAGGAUGGCAUCCAAUGCUUGUCCCCUAAUGAACUUGAAGCUUUACUCUACAGCUUAACUCAGGCAGGGGGCCUCACUGGGCCCCUUAACUACUACCGCAACCUCUUCAGGAACUUCCCAUUGGCGCCCCAGGAGCUGGCUGUGCGCACCCUGCUGCUGUGGGGAGAGAAGGACACCUACUUGGAGGCAGGGCUGGUGGGCGCCAUCAGUAGCCGUUUUGUACCAGGCCGGCUGGAAGCCCACAUCAUGCCAGGUGUGGGGCACUGGAUCCCACAGAGCCACCCCGAAGAGAUGAACCGGUACAUGUGGGCCUUCCUGCAAGAUCUGCUGGACUAG